CUUAUUUUCUCCCCCUUUUUUGAUUUCUUUAAUUUUGGGGGGCUUUUUUACCUCCUCGUGUUAUUUUCCCUCCUCCUCCUCUAUCUCUUUCUUCCAUUCACCCAUAGGGAUAACGCCGGACUACAUUUAUGGUAAAUGAAAGCAAAAACAUGUACAUCCCGGAGGACACCCUUGAGAACCAUCAAGGCUCCGACUACUCUCCCCCUCCGCCCCUUCCCCGCCCUCCUCCCCCCGGACUGACCAACGAGCACGAUGGCACUGAGAUCCACAGUGACCAUGGUGGAGGAGGGGGCGGGGUCAACCAUGGGGUGGGUGUGGUGGGCCUGGCACCGGAGCACAUCCCUACGCCGGGGGCAGCCCUGAGCUGGCAGGCGGCCAUCGAUGCUGCGCGGCAAGCAAAGAUGAUGGGCAAUGCCGCAACUAGCGCAGUGGCGGGGCUUGGGUCGGGAGGGGGCGGGCCCAUCUCCACGGCCAGCUCCACGCAAAGAAAGAGACAACACUAUAGCUCUAAGCCCAAGAAACAGACAACAACGACAGCUACGAGGCCGCCACGGGCCCUGCUCUGUCUCACACUCAAGAACCCAAUCCGCAGGGCCUGCAUCAGCAUCGUAGAGUGGAAACCAUUUGAGAUCAUCAUCCUGAUGACCAUCUUUGCCAACUGUGUGGCCUUAGCUGUCUACAUCCCCUUCCCCGAGGAUGACUCAAACGUCACCAACUCCAACCUGGAGCGUGUUGAGUACCUGUUCCUCAUCAUCUUCACGGUGGAGGCUUUCCUGAAGGUAAUAGCAUACGGCCUGCUCUUCCACCCAAACGCCUACCUGAGGAACGGCUGGAAUCUGCUUGAUUUCAUCAUCGUAGUCGUAGGGUUAUUCAGUGCGAUCUUGGAGCAGGCCACCAAGGGGGACGGAGGCGCUCCUAUUGGAGGGAAGGCGGCAGGCUUCGAUGUCAAAGCUCUGAGAGCAUUCAGAGUACUCAGACCCCUCAGACUGGUCUCUGGAGUACCCAGUUUACAGGUGGUGCUGAACUCCAUAAUCAAAGCCAUGGUUCCUCUGCUCCACAUCGCCCUGCUGGUCCUCUUCGUCAUCAUCAUCUACGCCAUCAUCGGCCUGGAGCUCUUCAUGGGCAAGAUGCACAAGACCUGUUUUCACAGGCAUAUAGUCCUAGACACCAUCGCAGAGGAAAAGCCGGCACCGUGUGCACCUGACAGCGCUUACGGACGACACUGUAACCACAACGGAACAGAAUGCAAAAUGGGCUGGGAAGGCCCAAACGACGGCAUCACCAACUUUGAUAACUUUGCCUUCGCAAUGUUGACCGUGUUCCAGUGUAUAACCAUGGAGGGCUGGACAGACGUACUGUACUGGGUGAAUGAUGCAGUAGGGUACAGGUGGCCCUGGGUCUAUUUUGUCACCUUGAUCAUCAUCGGAUCCUUCUUUGUGCUUAACUUGGUUCUGGGGGUAUUGAGCGGAGAGUUUUCCAAGGAGAGAGAGAAAGCAAAGGCACGUGGUGACUUCCAGAAACUCAGAGAAAAACAGCAGCUGGAGGAGGACCUCAAGGGCUAUUUAGACUGGAUCACUCAGGCUGAAGACAUCGACCCUGAGAACGAAGAGGAAGGCAUGGACGAUGACAAACCCAGAAACCUGAGCAUGCCCGCCAGUGAGAACGAAUCAGUCAACACAGACAACGCCCCUGGCGGAGACGUGGAGGGGGAGACCUGCUGUACCCGGCUAGCAAAUAGGAUCUCCAAAUCCAAGUUCAGUCGAUACUCUCGGAGGUGGAACCGGCUGUGUAGGAGGAAGUGCCGGGCGGCGGUCAAAUCGCAGGUUUUCUAUUGGCUGGUUAUCUUCCUGGUUUUCCUCAACACGCUGACCAUCGCUUCUGAACAUCACAAGCAGCCUCAGUGGUUAACAGAUGUACAAGACAUAGCUAACAAGGUGUUGCUAGCACUCUUCACCGGUGAGAUGCUGUUGAAGAUGUACAGUCUGGGUCUACAAGCGUACUUCGUGUCCCUCUUCAAUCGCUUUGACAGCUUCGUAGUAUGUGGAGGAAUUCUUGAGACCAUUCUGGUAGAAACAAAGAUCAUGUCUCCUCUCGGCAUCUCCGUGUUACGUUGUGUGCGCUUGCUACGAAUCUUCAAAAUCACAAGAUACUGGAACUCCCUGUCAAACUUGGUGGCCUCACUUCUGAACUCUGUCCGCUCCAUCGCUUCCCUGUUGCUCCUGCUCUUCCUCUUCAUCAUCAUCUUCUCCCUGCUGGGCAUGCAGCUGUUUGGGGGGAAAUUUAACUUUGACGUGACCAGACGCAGCACCUUUGACAACUUCCCCCAGUCUCUGCUCACUGUGUUUCAGAUCCUGACAGGAGAGGACUGGAACUCUGUGAUGUAUGAUGGUAUCAUGGCAUACGGUGGACCAUCCUUCCCUGGCAUGCUCGUCUGCAUCUACUUCAUCAUCCUCUUCAUCUGCGGAAACUAUAUCCUACUGAACGUCUUCUUGGCCAUCGCUGUGGACAACCUGGCAGAUGCUGAGAGCCUGACAUCGGCACAGAAAGAAGAGGAGGAGGAGAAGGAGCGGAGGAAACUGGCCAGGUUGGCCAGUCCAGAGAAGCGCCAUGAAAAUGAGAAGCCUCCUCUGGUGGAGGAGAAGAAGGAGAAGAAGGAGAAGAUAGAGCUGAAGUCCAUCACGUCUGAUGGAGAGACCAACAUGGCUACGAAGAUUAACAUGGAUGACUAUUGUGGAGAUGAGAAUGAAGAAAAGAAUCCAUAUCCUGCCAAUGACUACAUAGGAGACGAUGAAGACGAGGAGCCAGAGAUGCCAGUGGGCCCGAGGCCGCGGCCGCUCUCGGACAUUCAGCUGAAGGAGAAGGCUAUUCCUAUGCCUGAGGCCCGUGCUUUCUUCGUCUUCAGCAACACCAACAAAUUCAGGGUCCUGUGUCAUCAGAUCGUCAACCACAACAUCUUCACCAACCUCAUCCUCUUCUUCAUCCUGCUCAGCAGCAUCAGCCUGGCAGCUGAGGACCCGGUCAAGAACGAUUCCUUCAGAAACCAGAUUUUGGGCUAUGCAGAUCAUGUCUUCACUGGACUCUUCACCAUAGAGAUCAUCCUUAAGAUGACAGCCUAUGGAGCCUUCCUCCAUAAAGGUUCAUUCUGUAGAAACUAUUUCAAUAUCCUGGACCUGGUGGUGGUCAGUGUGUCCCUCAUCUCCUCUGGAAUACAGUCCAGUGCAAUCAAUGUGGUGAAGAUCCUGAGGGUCCUGAGAGUGCUCAGACCGCUGAGAGCCAUCAACAGAGCCAAAGGACUAAAGCAUGUAGUGCAGUGCGUGUUUGUGGCCAUCAGAACCAUCGGCAACAUUGUCAUUGUCACCACGCUGCUGCAGUUCAUGUUCGCCUGUAUUGGAGUACAACUCUUCAAGGGCAAAUUCUUCUUAUGUUCUGACAGUUCUAAACAAACUCAAGCAGAAUGCAGGGGUUUCUACAUUAUGUAUAAGGAUGGUGAUGUGGGGAAGCCGGAGAAAGCCCAGAGGCAGUGGGAGAACAGCGAUUUUAACUUUGACGACGUCCUGCAAGGCAUGAUGGCUCUGUUUGCUGUGUCUACCUUUGAGGGAUGGCCAGGAUUACUGUACCGGGCCAUAGACUCUCACGCCGAGGAUGUUGGACCCAUCUACAACUACCGCGUUGUCAUUUCCAUCUUCUUUAUCAUCUACAUCAUCAUCAUCGCCUUCUUCAUGAUGAACAUCUUCGUCGGUUUCGUCAUUGUCACCUUCAGAGAGCAAGGAGAGCAGGAAUACAAGAACUGUGAGCUGGACAAGAACCAGCGUCAGUGUGUGGAGUACGCCUUGAAAGCACGUCCACUGCGUCGCUACAUCCCCAAGAACCCCUAUCAGUACAAAGUGUGGUACGUGGUCAACUCCACCUACUUUGAGUACCUGAUGUUCACCCUCAUCCUCCUCAACACAAUCUGUCUGGCCAUGCAGCAUCAUGGGCAGACUAAAAGUUUCAACGAUGCCAUGAACAUCCUCAACAUGCUCUUCACUGGACUCUUCACUGUGGAGAUGAUCCUUAAACUGAUUGCCUUCAAACCCAGGGGGUACUUUAGUGAUCCCUGGAAUGUGUUUGAUUUCCUCAUCGUAAUUGGCAGCAUAAUAGACGUCAUUCUCAGUGAGAUCAACCCAGCUGACUCCUCCUCGUCCUCGUCCUCCUCCUCUUCGUCCUCCUCCUCCUCCUCUUCCUCCUCUCACCCCCCUGCGGUAAGGCCAAUGGUACGCUCCGACGGUAACCUCGCCCGCCUCCUUACCUCCUCCAACAUCCCUCCAUCCCUACAUCCUUCCAUCCCUCCUUCUGCUACGCCAGCUAUGGGACUGCAGAACUCUGAAGAGAACGCCAGGAUCUCCAUCACCUUCUUCCGGCUGUUCCGCGUGAUGAGGCUGGUGAAGCUGCUGUCUCGCGGGGAAGGGAUUCGGACCCUGCUGUGGACCUUCAUCAAAUCCUUCCAAGCUCUGCCCUACGUAGCUCUGCUUAUAGUGAUGCUAUUCUUCAUAUACGCUGUCAUCGGCAUGCAGAUGUUUGGUAAAAUAGCGCUGCGGGACCACACGCAGAUCAACAGGAACAAUAAUUUCCAGACAUUCCCUCAGGCUGUGCUGCUGCUCUUCAGAUGUGCGACAGGUGAGGCGUGGCAGGAGAUCAUGCUGGCGUGCUCGCCCAAUCGACCCUGUGAGAAAGGAUCAACGAAUGAAAGCAACUCGGCCAACGAGGACUGUGGCAGCCAGUUUGCCAUCAUUUACUUUGUCAGCUUCUACAUGCUCUGUGCCUUUCUGAUCAUCAAUCUGUUUGUGGCCGUCAUCAUGGACAACUUUGACUACUUGACGCGUGAUUGGUCGAUCCUGGGGCCGCAUCAUCUUGAUGAAUUCAAGAGGAUCUGGGCUGAAUAUGACCCGGAGGCUAAAGGGAGAAUAAAGCACCUGGAUGUGGUGACUCUACUGAGGAGAAUACAGCCUCCCCUUGGCUUCGGAAAGCUCUGCCCACACAGGGUGGCCUGCAAGCGCCUGGUGUCAAUGAACAUGCCUCUGAACAGCGAUGGAACGGUGAUGUUCAAUGCCACACUGUUCGCCCUGGUCAGAACUGCACUCAGGAUCAAGACAGAAGGUAACCUGGAGCAGGCCAAUGAGGAACUGAGGGCAAUCGUGAAGAAGAUCUGGAAAAGAACAAGCAUGAAGCUCUUGGAUCAAGUAGUGCCCCCUGCUGGUGAUGAUGAGGUAACAGUCGGAAAGUUCUACGCUACCUUCCUCAUCCAGGAAUAUUUCCGCAAGUUUAAGAAGAGGAAAGAACAAGGGCUGGUGGCCAAGGUGCCCCCCAAAACUGCCCUUUCUCUGCAGGCGGGCCUGCGGACAUUGCAUGACAUAGGUCCAGAGAUUCGGAGGGCCAUCUCUGGAGACCUGACCGUUGAGGAGGAGAUGGACAAAGGCCUGAAGGAGCCUGUGUCGGCUGCAUCCGAGGACGAUAUCUUCAGGCGGACAGGUGGCUUAUUCAGCAACCACGUCAACUACUACAACCAGACCGAUGGCCGGGGUUCAUUCCCACAGUCCUUCACUACCCAGCGUCCCUUGCACAUCAGCCAGAAGGGCUCCCCCUGCGAAGGGGAGAGCCCAUCCCACGAGAAGCUCAUGGACUCGACCACUUUCACCCCUUCCUCUUACUCCUCAUCAGGCUCCAACGCCAACAUUAAUAAUGCCAACAACACUGGUAUGGCUGGAGUGGCGACGCAGGGAGUCAGUCGAUUCCCAAGCCCGUCCAUUAGCACUGUGGACGGACAUACAGCACAGCCGCUUACCCCCAUCCUGCUGCCAAGAUCUGCGUGGUGCUUUCCUCCAAAGAGCUCUGACUCAACUGACAGCCAUCUGCCCAUCAUCCGAAGAGGUGAAGGCUCAACAGAGGAGACGUAUGACGAGACCUACGCUGACGACAGGGAGUACCACGAGGACGACCACUCACUCUCCUCUGACAUGCUGGUGUAUCAUGAUGAAGCAUGCAAGCAGUUGACUCCCAUGGAGGGAGGAGAGGAGGCAGAAGACAGAAGAGGAGGAGGAGGGUGGCAGUCUCCGAGGAGAGUCUUCCUCUGCCCCACUUCUCUGGGGCGGAGAUCGUCGUUCCAUCUGGAGUGUCUCAGGAGACAGUCAAGGCCAGACGUCUCCCAAAAGACAGCUGUGCCUCUACACUUAGUACACCAUCAGGCUCUGGCAGUCGCAGGGCUGAGUCCUCUACUAAGAAGGAGUCACUCACCUACCCUCUUCAGUCGGCUGUGCUCCACGCCUCCAGCCAGUCCCACAGCCCAGGGCGGUGAUGCCUCCUACCAGCGGGUGCCCUCUCUGAGGCUAGAGGGCUCCAACUCCCAUGAAAAGCUCAAUACCAGCUUGCCCUCUGUGAACUGUGGGCCCUGGUAUAGUGAUAGUAAUGGAAACAGCCGGGUGCCAAGUCCAAGCCCCGCCCCUAGUGUGUCAGUGCCCAAUCAAAGACCACCACGACCUGUGUCGCUCACAGUGCCCUCGCUGCUGGGGAAAGACUCCAGCUCACUGUGUCACGGCAGUGCAGGGAGUCUGGUGGAGGCGGUGUUGAUAUCAGAAGGUUUGGGUCAUUUUGCCCAGGACCCAUCUUUCAUCGAGGCAACCAAAGCCGAGUUGGCAGAUGCCUGCGACAUGACCAUUGAGGAAAUGGAGCAUGCGGCCAACAACAUCCUCAACGGCAGCACCGCCACAACUGCCACAUCCAGCACCUCCUCCACCUCCCAGCACAGCCCCAACGGCAACGUCCUCCCCUUCCCCACGGCAGCAGCAGCAGCAGCAGCAGCUACGCACAGGGACCGAGCGGCCAGUGAGGGUGGGGGAGAGGCAGCAGGAAGCAGGGGCUCUGUUCACGGGCCGUCCUCGGUGGAGGAGCGGCAGGAGCUACUUGCAGGCGUGAGGGGACAAGAGGAGGAGGAGGAGGAGGAGGAGGAGGAGGAGGAGGAGGAGGUGGUGGUGGUGGCAGGAGGGACAGAGGAGGGCGACCACAGAGGCUCAGUUGUGAUUGCAGGAACACGGCAGAGGAACAGCGGGCUGUUGGAGGACGAGGAUAUGGAGUGUGUGACGAGUUUGUAGGAGUCCUUGUUGGGUUCAAUUGGCCGACUGGCCCCUCUGACGUCAUCAGAGACUGACGACUGUCAGUGCUGGGUAUCAGCGCCGCAGCUGGCUCUGUCUGUCCCCGUCCCUCACACACACUCACACACUCACACACUCACUGUCUGCCUCUUUGCCAGACGUUUCUGCUCUGGACAAUGGCGGCCAGUGACGCAACCUUAACCACCUGGUUAUGACUUUGUUUGUUUCUAUGAGUUUGUACGUGUGUGAAUGUUUGUAGUAAAGUAAACCACUCUAUACUCUAUACUAUCUGAGUGAAAGCCUGUGUGUGAUCUAUGAUUUUCACUAUUUGUACGUUUGUGUGAGUGCGUGUGUUCUCCACACGUGUCUGAGUGUGUCUCUAAAGUGCCUCACAGUUUUAUCAUGUCCUCAAAGUGUGAAGAGCAGGAAAUUACAGAUCAGGGGAAAGUAGGAACUAAGACAAGGAAGGAAGGAAACAACAGAAGCAAGAAGUCCCUUUGUGGGUCUUCAGCUGGUAACAUAGUGUGUUUAUUGUUUUCAUUUCCUCUCCCUACUUUGUUGUUGUGUUAUUGUUGUUUGUCUGGCCGCCAUAAAGCCAGGUAGGGGACAGCAGACCAGCUGGUUGGGGGGGGGGGGUCAGUUAUGGAUUAAAAUCUGACCUCACCCAUGUGAGGUCAAAGGUCAACACCUCCUUCUUGGUUCACUAAUGAUGAAGCGCUGUAUUGAGUAAACAGGGACGAAGAAUACCCUGUUUUAAAUCUCAUUUCCCUUCCUCUUCCAAAGCUAAGGAACCUUGGAGCACAGCCCUGCCAUUCUGAGGGGAGAGAUUAAGGUAACAUGCCAUCCCCAGCCGAGGGGGGGAGGAUUUGAGGGAUGGACCAAGGGGGCUACAGGCAGAGAGAGAAACUGUCCAACAAGAAGCUAGCCAGCUUUUUGAUCUGCUGGUCUGCAAGAGUCCAGCAAGAGACAAACUCUUCUCGUCCACCACCUUGACCUGGCUGCACUUACUCCGCUGCUUUUCCUCGUUUGACCACACCCACCUCCUGUCCCAAAACAGGGUGGAGCAUUGGUGGCAAAGCAGAGACAGCGAGCCCCCUUUUCUGCCGUAUACCUCGCCGUUCCUCACUCCUCCCUCGCUCCUUCCUCCCUCCUCCUUGGUUGAUCCACCAUCUGUCUCCCUCCAUAGCUGGGUUUUUGCUUUAUUAGCACUCGGUAGGUGAAUGUGUCCAUCAGGGCAACAGAGACGGAGGGUGGAGGAGAAAACGGGAGUGUUUGAUUGAAUAGAAAACAGACUCUGGGCAUGGAUCUACAGAGGAUCUGUCCGUCAGUCAACCUCACUUCCUUCUCCAAGACCCUCCUCUCCCUCUCAGCUUGGAAUUCCAUUGGAUUUGCUGCCACACACUCUCAACAGACCACGCCCACUAUGUAUUUAACAAUUCAAUAUUGUGCAAAACUGGCUAGCCAUGACUAUUUUGUUUUAUAUUCAUGAUGUUAUUGAAUUAAUUUAUCCUUGAUUUGUUUGCACAAUCGGGGUGCUGGUCUUAUAAAUGUAUUUUUGCUCGGUUUAUUUUAGGAGAAUUUUAAGAGGUUUUAAGUAUCGAAGCAGGGCGUAGUGUUUGCGUGCAAGUGUAUAACUAUUUUCGUGUGUGCGGGUGCAUGUCUGCGUUUUAGUACAGAAUGUAUGCGCGUAUGAAUGUUUGAGAUAGCGUGUAUCUAAAAGAGGGGUCUUUCUCUCUAUCAGUAUGCACCUUUUACAGAUUGUAUCUAUUUAUUUAUUUAUUUUUCCCAGAAGAGAAAAAAACUUGUGUGAGGAUGUAUGUUUGUAUGCGUGCCUGUGUUCGAGUGGUUACUUAUGUAUUCUAAAAAGCUGAUUUUAAGCCUAGACAGUAAAUUAAGGUAGCAUUACAAGUAUGGUAUUGUGUGUGUAUGAGCGUGCACAAGGGUGUGUGUGUGUGUGUGUGUGUGUGUGUGUGUGUAUGUGUGUGUAUGUAUGUGUGAUAAUGGGCCUCCUUAACACAGGGUUACCAUGGACAGGCAUGCUUCCAAAGCUUUGUGAUUUCUUUAGCACGGUUUUUACUUUUUAGCCAAGCUGCAGAGUCAGAAGCCACUCUCUCUUUGAAUAUAGUCAUCACAUAACAUUUCUUUCUUCUUCUGUUUAGAGGUACUUAGGCGUACGGUCUCCGGCACAGUCAGAGCGUCCAUUAGGUUUACAGUUUGAUGAGUUUUGGUGUUGCAGCUUGGCACAAAGGUAACAAGCCUUUCGGCAAAUGCUGCUUUUUCUUCUUUAUUGUGGAUGGUUGCUCUGAAUAGUAGAAGAAUUAAAUUCGCACUGCCACAGUGACGCCUCACGACUGAACUGGGGAUGACACCAUGAUUGCUCGGGUGAAACACAUCAUAAUCACAUGAUUUCAUCAUUUAAUCAUAGUUUAAACUCCAAAUGAACUAUUAGGGCUGGUGUACAGAUGCUGCAAGACUUCUGAUUGACUCUGUCUGAGGUCUGCUCAUAUCACUAAACAUUCUCAUUUAUUUUCACUCUUUGAAAUAAAACUCUUCACUGUCUGUAGAAUCAUUCAAACAUUCAUACUACAAGCAGGACCUUUUUUGUUUAUUGAUGAGUGGUGAAAUUUGUUUGGAAAACAUGAAUGGAUACAAACCUGCUCAGAGGAAGCUUGAUCCCCAGGUGUUUUAUUAUGAUUUUUAUUUCUGAUGUGGAUUUUAGGUAGCAUGGUGACUUUUCUCUGUAUGGCACAGGUUUGGACCUCAGGCCUCAAAACACAGGGCACAGACCUCUCUUUGAUGUAUGUUCUGCUCCAAAAAAACACAUUCCUCAAGCUAGUAUCACAUCACUUAUAUGGAUUGACACAUUUAGUGGAAUCCUUUAUUGUGUACUAAACUAAAAUCUUUAAAUUAAGCUUUCUUAAAAGUAAAAAUUGAACACAAUGCCAAGUAAACAAGACACACAAGUAUGGCACUGACAGUCUGUAUUUUGCCUGAACAGUGCUCAUGUGUAGAUACAGCUCAGUAGAUCUCGUCAAGACAGCAAAAAUACUUUCAUAAUAUAUUCAAUUGAAUGAGUUGAACUCUGUUUUUAGCUCCAAAAGAGUCUAAACUUUUACAAAAGCCCUGUCAAAUUAAGGUUCUGAUUUAUCUACUACUACUACUACUACUACUACUACUACUACUACACUAUCUCAUGUCAACUUUCAGCCAUUACUUUUUACUUUAAUCAACCAUACAGAACUAGCUGCUGAGCUCUCACUCCUACAUGUCAAGCAGAGUAAGUUUGUGACAGGAAAGGGUAUGCAUGAACACACUGCCAUACACUGCAUCCUGUGCCAGUUACAGACUUCUGACAUUAUUAUGCAAACUAAAUGUGAAUGUUCACCGUGUUUUAAGUGGCAGUGCUACUAUUGUUUUGUGGCUGUGAUCGUACUGCAAACUCUGAGGAAGUCUGUGUCGUCAAAGGAAUACCCUCACUGACAUUAAGCCUGUUUGAUUUUUCCUUAUCACGGAUCCUUUUGGCUUCAUGAAAUCUUCAGCAUUUCUGUUUUUCUUAUAGUUGUUUCAAAAGCACCUCAUGAGAAUAGUUCUUUAUUGAAAUAACUCGGUACCAUAAGCUAUCAGGCUAACUUGCAGCUAGCGGCUCAGUUUCAGUAUAAGCUGAUUUAUUUUGUCAAACUUGAAGUCUACUUGUGAAGAAGACAUGUUAAGGUAUUGACAGGUUUAUUAAUAUGCGUGCCAGGAAGCACACAAGCUCUCUGUUUUUGCUUUCACGCUUCGUUCUACCAAUCCUGGGAAAAGUUUAUUUAAAGCUGAAUUUCGAAAAACAAAAUAAGUACUUCUCCUGGUUAUUUAUGCUGGUUUAUCUCAUAAACCUAAUGACUACUAGGUACAAAUCCAUUAAAAGUAAUGUAUAACCAAGUAGCAGACAGUAGUUUUUGUUCCAAAGCUACUAUAGAUAUAGCCAAGUUCCAGUUAUUGAGGAUCAAAAGAACAUAAAUGUUGCACUAAAUUCAAUUUAAAUCCUUUCUCUGUGUUCCUUAGCGUUAAUUCACAUAUUAAAGUCAAACAUACUCAUAUCAGUUAAGUUUCCCUGCAUAUCAGAAGUGCCAAACCAGGCUUUGUUGUGUCUUUAAAGGCUCUAGAGUUGAAAGGUAUUCAAAGGUCUGUGGUGCCCCCGUGUGGACUGGAGCAGUUUUGAUGUUAGCAUGAACUAUGAAGUGUUGUGUUGCAGUAUAUGGUAUGAGUGGGUGUAAUCCUGCAUCCCACAAGAUAUGCAAAAACAAUGCAAUAACUAUGACUGUAUACAAGGUUCCCGAAGUAAAUAUACUUGUGAAAGUGAAAAAAAAAUCACUACCAUGUUUGUUUUUUUUCUGUUUGUGACACUUUUAAGUAAACUCAGCGGUUUCCGUGCCAGAGAAACCUAACAUACUUGAAAUCAGGUACAUUGCAGUGCAGUAUAGAUGUAUUUAUUUAUCGUUCUCGUGCCAGGGGUUUGGAUCAGCAUCUGCAGUCAAACAUGUAUUGAGACAGUGACAUUAAGUUGGUCAUGGUUUAACAGCCAGCUGAAAUAGACCCAGUUUCUUAAGGUAACACUUCUCCUGCACCUCCCUGACUCGAUAUGCCUUUGACUGUAUCCCUCUCCCUUGUUUAUUUCCAAUUAAGUUUUAAAAUUGAGCUGUUUUGCAUGAGGUUCACAUGUUGACGUUAAGCGUGCCAGGUUUUUGCAGUUGUUUCGUUUUCAUCAGGCAAAGUAUCAUAUCACAGUAUAUCAGAGUAGCUAUUUCUAUUCAGUGUACAUAUGAUAGAAGUCAGUUUUUCUCCUUUAGAGAAACAUCUGACAGCAGUAGUGGGCUAAGGUGAUUUUGCAUAUCUUGUGUCUUAUGGGUUCAUAGUUCAUCUUCUGAUUGUUAACACUAAGAAGGACAUGUGCAUAUGAUUGUGAGAAGUUGAGAAGUAAAGCAAACCUUAGUAUUUUUUUACCCUUGAGUUCGGACAGGCGUCACUACUUCUUUGCCUACAUGUUGCCUUUGUGUAGUCUCUGUCUUUAUCUUCUACCUUUCUUUGAUGUGGUAAAGAUGGAGCAGUGGGAUCAAAUCUCACAGCAUAGAAGUUACCCAAAAAUAUUGUUGGAAACAAACAAACAGAAAGAAGUUAUAGUCAGCAAAUACACUUAUGCUUGUUUGCUUAAUUCAAGCACAAAGUGAACCAUGUAGAUGAGAACAUCCACAUGACACAGACAAGUGUGUCCCAAUUCCAUAUCACACACCUUUUUAACACUGUGUUUGCACUAGAGUAACAAAAUAAGGUAGGUAUGGUAAGGAUUAGUGAAAAAUGCUGUCAUCUAGUGUGACAUUGAUGGAGAAAAUUGAAUAACGUCACUCCUGAUCCACAAAACUCAAAAAUAUUUAUGAGUUACUUUUCAACCGUUAAGUGUUACAUCACUCUAAAUAUUUCAAAACUGUAGGAACUGUUGCAGUAGGUGCUUAGAUGUCCUCAUGUUCACUCUCUUGUAUCAGCCAAACUCUGUAUAUCCUUCACACUGCAUUUCCCAUAAUUCAACUAAUAACAUCUCUACUCUAGAUCUUCUUUACCCCCCCACCAUUUUCAUGCUUUUAUUUCUGUUGAAACAGCUUAGACAUCAUUAAGGUUUUUCUCAGGCUUGGCUAAGCUCCUUCAGAACCAAAGAUGACAUUAUGCAACUGUAUUUACACACUUAGUACAACUGACCACAUACAUGUGUAAAAUGUGGGGAGUGGUCAUUUAUAAAUGGUAUAUAAAGGAAAUCUUAAUCAACAUUGAGGGUCACAUGUCAGGCAUAUGUCACAGUUCAUAAAGAUGUUGUUAACAGCCUUAUCUUGUAUGCAAAGUAAGGUUUGGUUUCUAGAAACACAGAGUACAAGUUGUGUGUAAUAUGGAAAUGGAACACAGCAUGAGUGUUAUGUUUAAUCUAUCCUGACCAAGUCUUUUCUGUGUUUUUGUACCUGUGGUCCCUGCCUUGGUUUCAGAAGCCACUUUGUCAGGCUGUUAAUCACGCUGAUUAGCAGCAGCUGUUUCUGCUGGAUCUCCACCUGCAGCUCGUUAAAGUAAAACCACACCCCCUGCCAUAGAGUCCAAUUUAAGUGAUGUCCUCUAGUGAAAGCUAAAGGCCCGGGUUUGUGAUUGACAGGUGACAAUCUUGUUGAUGGUUGGUGACAAUUUCAAGCAGUUCAUGUUUGUUCUGGGUAAGAAUGUUAAAUGAAGAGUAUUUUUCUGGGAUUAUAGAGGGUUUUAUUUCAUCAUGUUUGAAUUUCUAAGUUCUUACAUGGUGAAUUAUAUAUCCAAGUAAUGUUGUAUGUGCAUGGGUUUCCCUGUAGGGAUAUGAAGCAUUGGUCCUAUGUGAAUGAUAAUAUCUUUUGUCUCACCACUAGCCAAUGAUUGUAUAUUUUUAUAUACCAUAUAUACCAUUCUAUAGCAAAACAUAUAUAUGAAUAUGUAAUAUUUAAUCACCAGAAUGUUAGAGCAAGAAGAGGACAGGACACUUAACUUGGGGAUGUAGUCAUGGUUCUGAAAAUGUGUUAUAUAGACCUACUGACUGAGGGUCGGUAUGAUUUCUAAUGAUAAAAGUCCAACAUUAUUGACUGUUUUUGACCUAAAGGAGACAGAUGGGAGUAUUGUAGACAUAUUUACUGAAGAGGAAACGUGUUUAAGCUGCUGGCAUUUUCAAAAUACUGUCACAAAAGGCUAAAAUGGGUCCCAGACUAUUUUGAAUUACAGAAAGGCUACCUUUAUGUUGUUUUCAAUCUGGCGUGACUGCAGAAGUAGAAGGCUCUCUGUUCAUGCGAUUAACACUGAAAACCAGCUGCAUAUCACAAUUUGAAGUCUUUUUUUUUAAGCAGCAGAGAGAUCUGAAAUCUACAAUGUGUUUGCUUCUGUUUUUCUUUCAUCAUGUACUGCUCUGAAAGACGUAAACCUACCAGCAACCUGUCAGCGCAGGUCAAAGUCUGGACAUUUUCCUACUGUAGCAUUGAGACCCUGUCUCUCUCUUUACUAGUCCUGCAUCAGCGUUACACACACUGACACACUGUACACUCUUCUGAUGCAUUAUUUAAGCUUUUAAAGACAUCUAACCAAAAAUGAUCCACCCACCAAGGACUAGAUCUCUCUAUGCUUUGAGCCGUUUAAAUCAUGUAGCUUAAAUAUUUUCUUCCAAGACAAACUACAUCUGUGCAGAAACACUCUCAUCUUUUAAAGACAGGGAGGAGGAACAGUUCAGCAGCAGAACAACUUAAUCUUGUUCGUAUAUAUGUGUGCAGCAGUGGAAAAGGAUUUUGCCUGGAAGAGAAUAUUUUAUCCCAGAUUUCUUUUUGAAAGCUCUGAUUUAAAAUGUUGAAUUUUUUGACAACAAAAAGUAUUUAUUGUGGAGGAGCUGCUAUCCAUGUACAUGAAUCUAUUUAAAGCUGCUCAGUAUAAAGAGAGGAUGUCAUCCAACAUGCUUUAACUAGAAUAGUAUUUUACACACAUAUACCAUUUGAAUAGUAUUAGAGUUGUGUGUUUAUCUGAGACUAUACACAUAUUUGUGUCACUGAGUAAUGGAAGCAAAGCAGGAGCACCGUUAUUUUCCUGUUUCAUUCACUCAGAUUUCCUCCAUGUGGAACUACCAUUGUUGCGACACAUGUAGGUUCUAUUUUCUUGUAAAGAGACAUGCUUGUUGAUCCUGACAAAUUAUGUAAGAGGACUAUUUUGAAUACAGAUUUUAUUUCCCUUUUUACUAGAUUCAGAGUUUGCAUCUCCUACUGUAGAAUUAAAAUCCCAUUUCUGCAGACACCAGAGAGGAUGCUCUCUUUGUUCUGUUGUACAGAUGUUAUUUUGACCUCAAUGCUCAUGGACAUUUUAAGGGAUUGAACAGAAAGUGAAGAUGGAAUAUAUUAUUAUUAUAAAAUACAAGUUUAUAUUGUGACUAUCUUCUAUUUUAGAUAUAAAAUAUAGAGAAUUAAUAUAUAAAUAAGCCAAACAAAGAUAUAAAGUGAUAUGAAGAUGCUGGACUUUGCAGAGGAUCAAAAUAAAUCUUGAAACAGAUCAGGUUCAGGAGUGCCAUGAUGUUUAACUUUACACUUGCUGGCAUUUUCUGCACUUGUUUUCACUGUAUUUCCAUCAGCUGAAUGUUGUCAUGAGGUUUACAAAUCACUAAUGAUGAGAUUCCUUUGUUUGGAAAUGAGCCUUCGUGUGUUUGCUGCCAGAUGCAAACAUGUUCUAAAGAGAAACAACGGAAUCAUCAUGUAAGACUCUUUUUAGAGUGUAGACAUCUAGCUCUCUGCUUUAAUCUUGAUUCAUUACAGAGAUGUUGAUGAGCAUAUGGAUUGAAGAUAAGAUAUCAGUUAUGGUCUGCAGAUCUGAAAUCAUUAAAAGUUAGUGUCACAAUUUUGGAGGCAAAUAUAUCACCGUGUCACAAAGUUUCAAACCACUGAUCUACACUGAGAACACAUUGUACGUCACUGGCUCAUGGCCACACAUUGAAAAACAGAAGAUGCAUGUAAUAUCUUUAUUCAUCAUUUGGAUGAAUUCCCUUGAGAUAUUGGUGAGGGAUGAAAGUUCUUAUCUUUCCCCUCUUAUUGUUCAUGGGGUUUCUGAACCCUAUUUAACCAAAUAACUGAUUCUUGCUUGCCCUAUAUUAGAUAGAUUUAAGAAAUGUAGGAUAGUUCUGAUCCAAUGUGUAGCAGCACCUACAGCACCCCCUGUUUAGGACGACUGUUUGUGUUGAACGGACCUUGAAAGCCUCACUUAUUUCCUCUAUUGCUAUUUUUCAUACACUUAGUUUGAUAAAGCAGUUCCCAGUUUGCACAUAUGUAAAGACCAGAAGUCCGACACAGAGUUUGUUCCACUGUUUUUUGGGAGAGCAACACUCCACCUGUUGAUUGAGUGGAGGAGUCUCUGUACCGGCUCCUUCAGGAUUCACUUAACAACUCUCCGCUCUAGAUUUGUGGCAGCAGCAGCUUUACGAUGCAGACUUUCUGUCAGUAGAUCCAUGAAUGUCUCCGCCUCGCUGCAUCUGCUACUUCUCUCUAAUGUCACUGAUAAGAGCUACUUUACAUUGAAUGAUUUCACCCCUUGAAUGUUGGAUGCAGUAAUGCUCAUACUGGUGCACUUAAGAUAUUUUCAAAGGCUACAUUUAGUAUUUUAAAAAAAGAUGGUUUGAGACUACUUGUUUAUUUUUCUGGUGUUUUUCCAGUUUGCAUCCCUUAAUGGAAGAAAAUGUUGGAAUUUUUAGCCAUCUAGCUUCGCUUCAACCACCCAGACAUAUAAGAUCUUAUUUUAUCUUGGCGCAUAAGAUCUCUUCAAACUUCAUUUUAGAGCCGAUUUGUUGCAACAUUUUACCACAGAGAAACAGAUCUUGUAUGCCUGUGUGUGGGUAAAUGCAGCUUUAAUGGAAGACUUCUCCAUCUGAGAGCAUCAACAGUGCCAUUUUAUCGGUGUUUUCUUCUUGUGGGUGAUUCUUUCUGGUGUGAAAUUGCCAUCAUGCAUCAGGUGUUAACUCAUUCUCUAUUUCCAGGCAGGACGAUCCAGGCCUUUUUGCCACAGCUCCACUAUCAGCAGUGUGAUUCUGUUCCUUAUUUACCGGGUAGAUGACAUGGCUGUGUGCUCAAUAGUGUCCUCUGAUCUCAUUCGUGGUCUUAGUUCACAACUCAUGCAAAGUGUUAAAGGGCCUUUGACAGGAUGGAGCUGUUUGUUUGUUUGUGUUCUUUUUCUGUCGGAGCGAAGUCUGUUAGUUAAUUUCAUACGGAGGAGGGCGUUCACACAGAGACCAAUUUGUUGUAAUAUUAGUAGUGACGCUACUGUUAAAUGUAGUAUUUAAUAACAGCACUAUUUAUGGUCAAAAAAAUGAACUAGAGUGUGUUAUUGUACUUGCGGUAGCUUUGGAGGCAGGUGGCCAUUUUGUAACUUGAGUUUUUUAACAUAAGCCACUCCCCCUCCGCUGCGAGGGAUUUCAUUGGUCCUGGGGUUGCGAAGUGAUGCUGGCCCAACAUCAUUUUGUUUCCUCAGUAACCAUUUGUCUCCUCGGUGACGACUGCAUGGCCUCACAGUUGACACACCUUUUAUUUCUUCUUCUUCUUCUCUUUCUGUUUUCUAAAGGAGAGUUCUUGAUUUUGUUUUCAUUCAUUUCAUUUUAGAUUUUAGAAAGGGAAAGAAUACAAAUCAAAUAAAUCAGAAUAUUAAUUCAAUCACUUUUUCUACUCCUAUUUUCAAUAAAAAGUGAAACGAAAAACCAAACAAAAAGUUGAUUUGUAAAUAAGUAAUGUACAGUUUGUAUCUGUAACUUGUCAGUCUGUCAUUGGUGACAGAGUCUGUCUUGCUUAUAACGCACGCUACCAGUAAAUAAAAAAAGGAAAAAGUAUAUUUAGACUGUAUGGUCCCUUGAAAGCAAGUUUUAAAUUAAUAUCUGAUGUAUAUUCCUGUAACAUUGCAUUUUUAUCUGAGGAAUGAUGUUAUUAAAAAAUUGCAAAUAAAUUGCAUU